UCAUCUCUCAUAUCCAAUGUGAGGCUGUGACUAAAGCGCCAUCCCCCAGGCUGCUCGCUCAUUGAGCGUGCUCACUGGCACCACCGCCGCGUGUUUUCAGUCGGCUCCGCAGGAAUCGGCGUGCAUUCCUCUAUUCUCUUGACAUAACCCCCCACCCCCCACCCCCACAUCCUCCCGACACAGUUUAUUUUUGCUUCCGAAGGGGCUGCAUGGGAGGUAAAUAGAUUGCUGAGCCGCCGCUUUGCCUGGUUGUGGAUGAGCCGGACACCAAGAAACCAAGCCGGACCUCCUCGGACUGUUUGAUUUUUUUUUUCCUUUUUUCUUUCUUUCUUUUUUUUUUUUUUUAAUGAUCAUUUAAAUUAUUAUUUUUUUUUAAUUUUGGGAUGGAGGUGUGGAGUUUUGCCUUCACGCUGUCUCCUCCUCCAUCACAUAUGCCGCUGAGACUGAGGGGGGUAUUUGCGUAGGAGGCUUUUAUUUGCUCCAUCAGCCUCUCCUGCUCAUCUAUCGCCAAAAAACAACAGCCGGAGCCGUGAAUGGAAGUUCUUUCCGUCGAGCAAAGAUCAGGACCUGGCAUCCAAUCAGCCGCCGCUAGCCUCCAUGUGACCUGCUUGAUUCAUCUUAUCUCUGAAGGCAGUUGAUGGAGAGCCAUUCGAAUGACAGCCGGGACAGUGGUCAUCACCGGUGGAAUUCUUGCUACGGUCAUAUUACUCCUUAUCAUCGCAGUACUGUGCUACUGCAGACUGCAGUAUUACUGCUGUAAAAAGGAGGAGUCCGAGUCGGAGGAGGAGGAGCCAGACUUCGCCGUCACCUCGCGCCUGCCGCCGGUCCACUCCAACCACAACAUUGUGGCGGCCACGGCCGCCGCCUCCUGCAUUCCCAAUGGCCCCGCCCUCUUCCCCACACCGCCGCUGGCCCGGAAACUGACCCGCUCGCAGACCUUCUGUCCGUCGUGCACCCACUACGAGCUGCCCUUCUACCUGCAGCCCCCCGCUCCUCCGCCGGUCCACCACCAAGCCGAUGGCCUGAGGAACGGCGGCGAGCGGGUCAGCUAUCGCAGCAUGCCGCCACCCCCGCAGCAGCCGGACAUGGAAUUGCCCGUGCCCGUCAACAUUUCCAACUACCGUAAGCCACACUUGGCCCGCUCGGUCACCAUGAGGGAAAUGUUCACUCGCAGCUGUAGCAUCAGCACUGAUGUUUAGUCGGGCCUCCGGGUUUUAUUCAACGAUGGAUGUGUUCGGUGUUAAUGUGCUCCCUAUCGUCCAAUUUGGUAUCAUCUGAUGUGGUCUGCUUUGGACAUCCAACUGGCUCUCAGGACUCAAUUUGCUACGCUAUGUUCAGGUCAAGGAACUCACUUCCACCCGCUAACACAACGAUGAGUUGUGACUUGAACUGUUGAAGUGUACCAGUUGUUAUAUAACUUCUUGGCUUGAGAACACUUUUGUAAAAUAUUACAAAAUGUCAUUUCUAUAGUCCGGCCCCUUCUCCGGGAUGACAUCACGGUCAGGGAUUUUCUCUCUGCCAUCGCUGCUACAAAACAAAGCAAAAUAUGAUUAGGAGCUGUGUUUCCCUGCCAUGGAAGGAUCUGUCUGCUCCUCCAUGCACAGAUUAUGGAGAUUAUGAAACAUAAUUCAGCGCCUGUGGGACGGGGGUGCCUUGUUGUUGUUUUUUUUUGCAGAUAGAUUUAACUUUGGCUGUGAUGUCGAAAUGACAUAAAGGGCUCGCAGAAGAUAGAAAUCCUCUAUUUAUUUCCCCCCCAAAUCUUUUCAGUGUGCUUCGUACCUUGUACAUGGACCUUCUGAGAAGUAGUGUGACUCUUUCAGUUAUACGCUCACAUGACUGUGAAUGUCUAACUCUAUUUAAUCCUUCAAUACGUUCUUGCAAGAAUUUAGUAGGAAACGGUACAAAAGGCUGCACCAAAAAAAAAAAACCCAAGUUCAUUCAUUGGAGUAUAUUUUUUAAUGUAUUUUUGCCAUUAAAAUAAAUUUCCCAGCACUUCACAAUUGUUAGGGUAAGGUCAUAAGGAAUUUACAUUUUGUACCUCUCAAUAGGGCAUGGAAUCACUUUGGGUGACUACACAGAGCAAGGAACUGUAUUUGGUAACGUUUUAGUGCAAGAAGCCCCAACUGGUAACUUAAGAUGAUUUAAAACAGCAGUGAACCACGUUUGGUAACUUUAUAGAGGAAAAAUAACAUUAUUUGGUCAUGUUACCAGGCAAGGAAAUAUAUUUGGUAAUCUUAUAGGGGGCAAAAUUUGAAUAUUUCAAAAUGAAAGGAACCUAAUUUGGUGAUUUUGCAAAGGUAUGGAACCAUAUUUGGUAACCUUGCACAAAAUGGCGACAUAGUUGGUGGCAUUAAAGGGUGAGGAACCAUAUGUGGCGAAUCUAUAGGUCAAGGAACCUUAUCUGGCGACUUUUCAGAGUAAAGAACUGUAUUUGGUUACCUUACAGAAAAAAGGGGUCAUACUUUUUGGACAAGACACUACAUUUGGUAAUUUUACUUGGCAAGGAGACCUAUUUGGUGAUUCUGAAGGGCAUGGAACUGUCACUUUAUAGAGGAAGGAACCAUAUUUAGUACCCUUCUUGGAAAAAUAAAAACAUAUUUGGUCAUAUCAUAUGGCAAAGAACCAGUUUUGGAUGCACAAAAUCAUAUUUAAAAACCUGAUUGUGCUAGGAACCAUAUUUGGUGACACGCAAUUCCAUUUACUAACCUUAUAGGGAGUGGAACUAUUUCUGAUCAUUUUAGGGCAAUACACAAUAUUGCUAAUUGAUAUAUAUUUUUUUUUUGGUCACCCAUGUACUUAUCUGCAGCAAUAACGCUGAAGAUGAUUUAUUUCAAGAGACGGACGGCAUGUACUGCUUUCUGUCAAAACCAAGGACUGAUGGUACAAGAGGUUUUAAUGUCAUUAUGGAUUAUUCCUUUCAAAAAAAAAGAAAACAAAGAUUCCAUUCUCCCCUCCCCUUUGCUGAAGCUUCGUGGACUCUUGCAGCCUUUUUUUUUUUUCUGUUGUCUUUGAUUUGUCGAUCAUCGGCGCUGAAGAUGACUCAAGCUUUGAAGGCACUUGUCUCAAUAUUCAACAGGACACUUUUGACUCUCCACUCCUAAAAGGUGUCAGACUUAAUUGAGUAUUCAUUCCUACCACCUGACUCACCUUGCUGGAGGACCGCCGCUCGGACUAAGAAUCGGUGACUUUUUGAAUUUUGAUGCUCUUAAUGAAUAGAAUUUAUUCCGGCUUCAUAACAAGAGAAAGUGAAAGCGGACGCAACUGCACUGGACACCCCCCCCCCCUCUCUGUUUAUCCUAUUACAGAGCAAGCUCAUUUAUUUUUCCAGCGGAUCAAACACAGAGUGAUUGACGAGCUUUCCCGCAAAUAUGCAUACAUACACACACAAACAAUGCGAUGUUUUCCUUGUUAAUGAUGCGACGGGGCGGUCACACGAGGAAUUUGGUGCCAUAACGAGUGGGGGGAAAAGAAACUCUAUUCUUGUUCGUAUUAUUCAGAUUAUAACAGAUAUGUAUUCAGAUGCGCUGUUGCUUUUCCGUCAAGUAUUUGAAUGACUUCUGUUUAUUUCACGAACCAGCUUGUUUUGUUCUCCGAGUGUAGAACAGACACGUUCAUGUCCUUGUUUUUAAAUGGAUAACUGGCUAACAGACACAAUGUUGAGAAUAAAAUGGUGUUCAAAUUGA